CCUCGUUUUCCCCAGAUGUCCGAUCCCAUCGUGCCCGUGUUCUGCUCCGUUUCGGCGCAGCUGCAGCGGGCGCGCGCGCGGGCGGAGGGAUCCGGGCGGCACGAGGCGGCGCUGCGGUUCCAGGGCCAGGACUACUUGCGGCUGGCGGAGGAGGCGCGGCGCGCGGGGACGCUGUUCCGAGACCCCGCCUUCCCCGCAGGCCCCGCCUCCCUCGGCUUCCGCGAGCUCGGGCCGGCGGGCGCUAAGACCCGGGGCGUCACCUGGAAGCGGCCAACGGAGCUGUGUCCCCACCCCCAGUUCAUCGUGGACGGCGCCACCGCACCCGACGUUUGCCAGGGGGCUCUGGGGGACUGCUGGCUGCUGGCGGCCAUCGCGUCGCUGACGCUGAGCCCGGCGCUGCUGCGCCGCGUGGUGCCCGGCCAGAGCUUCCAGCGCGGCUACGCCGGCAUCUUCCACUUCCAGAUCUGGCAGUUUGGCGAGUGGCUGGACGUGGUGGUGGACGACCUGCUGCCCACGCGGGACGGGCGCCUGCUCUUCGUACACUCGGCCGAGGGCUCCGAGUUCUGGUCGGCGCUGCUGGAAAAGGCCUAUGCCAAGGUCAACGGCUGCUACGAGGCGCUGGCGGGCGGCAGCACGGCCGAGGGCUUCGAGGAUUUCACCGGCGGCGUCACCGAGAGCUUCGACCUGCGCCGCCCGCCGCGCGGGCUCUUCGGCAUCGUGCUGGAGGCGCUGGAGCGCGGCUCGCUGCUCGGCUGCUCCAUCGACAUCACAAGCGCACGGGACAUGGAGGCCGUGACCUUCAGGCAGCUGGUGAAGGGCCACGCGUACUCGGUGACGGGCGCCCGACAGGUCCCGUUCCGCGGGCAGACGCUGCCGCUGGUGCGCGUGCGCAACCCCUGGGGCGAGGUGGAGUGGACGGGGCCCUGGAGCGACAGCUCGGCCGAGUGGGCCGCGGUGGAGCCGGCGCUGCGCCAGCAGCUCCUGGUCAAGAUGGAAGACGGCGAGUUCUGGAUGGCGUUCCCGGAUUUCCUGCGGGAGUUCACGCGCCUGGAGAUCUGCAACCUGACGCCGGACGCGCUGCAGUCGCGCCGGUUCCGCGCCUGGAACACGCAGCUGCUGGAGGGCUCGUGGCGCCGCGGCAGCACCGCCGGCGGCUGCCGCAACUUCCCCGCCACUUUCUGGAUCAACCCGCAGUUCAAGAUCCGGCUGGAGGAGGUGGACGAUGCCGGGGACGGGGACGGUGACGGUGAGCGCGGCUGCAGUUUCCUGCUGGCGCUGAUGCAGAAGCACCGGCGCCGUGAGCGCCGCUACGGCAAGGACAUGGAGACCAUCGGAUUCGCCGUCUACGAGGUCCCUCCUGAGCUGGUGGGGCAGUCGGCGCUGCACCUGAAGCGCAAGUUCUUCCUGGCCAACGCGUCGCGCGCGCGCUCGGAGCAGUUCAUCAACCUGCGCGAGGUGAGCGCGCGCCUGCGCCUGCCGCCCGGCGAGUACCUGGUGGUGCCGUCCACCUACGAGCCCGACCGCGAGGCCGACUUCGUGCUGCGCGUCUUCUCCGAGAAACGGGCCGGCACCGAGGAGAUGGACGACGGGAUCCAGGCGACGCUGCCGGACGAGAAAGUGCUCUCGGAGGGAGAGAUCGACGAGAACUUCAAGCAGCUCUUCAAGCAGCUGGCGGGGCCGGACAUGGAGAUCAGCGUGGCGGAGCUCCAGACCAUCCUCAACCGCAUCAUCGCCAAACAUAAAGACCUGCGCACCAAAGGCUUCAGCACCGAGUCGUGCCGCAGCAUGGUCAACCUCAUGGACAAAGACGGCAACGGCAAACUGGGCCUGGUGGAGUUCAACGUGCUGUGGAACCGCAUCCGCAACUACCUGGCCAUUUUCCGCAAGUUCGACGUGGACAAGUCGGGGAGCAUGAGCGCCUACGAGAUGCGGCUGGCGCUGGAGGCCGCAGGGUACAAGCUGAACAAGAAGCUGCACGAGUUGAUCGUCACGCGCUACGCGGAGCCCGACCUGGCGCUCGACUUCGACAGCUUCGUCUGCUGCCUCGUGCGCCUGGAAACCAUGUUCCGGUUUUUCCAGGCCGUGGAUGUGGAUCAGGACGGGGUCGUCACGUUCGAUCUGCUGCAGUGGCUCCAGUUCACCAUGUUCGCCUGAGCAGCCGCCGGUGCCUUCGCCAACACCCGCCACGCCGGAUUUGUCCCUUUUGUGUUGGUUUUUUGUUGUUUUUUGUAGGUUUUUUCUGCCGGGGGGUCCCGGGUCCCUUUGCGCUUUGCCAAAGAGCCGCCCCCUUCCCCGCGGCCUUUUCGGGGCCAAUUCCCCGUGUUUCCGUGCCUGUCUGCCGCCGCGGGGCGGGGGGCGACGCCUCAGUCAGGGAUCUUGAGCCGCAACCGUGGGCUUUUAAAUCGGAUAAACUAAAAAUAAGUUAAAGUUACUAAAAUCAAA